AUGUGUGCCAGUCUGAGUGUGUGUGUGUGUGUAAUUGCGUGCGUGCAUUGUGUGCGUACCAGUGUGCGUGCGUCUGUGAGUGUGCGUGCGUCUUUGUGCGCGUGUGUGAGUGUGAUGUGUGGGCAUGUAAUAUGUGAGUGUGUGAGUAAAGUGUCUGUGUUUGUGUUUGUGAAUGCUUGUGUGCGUGAGUUUGCAGGAAUAUGUGAGUGCGUGAGUAAAAAGCGUGCGUGCGUGUGUGACUGUGUGAGAGUGUGUAUGUCUGUUUGUGAGUGUGUGUGUGUUUUUGCGUGUGAGCGAAUUUGUGAGUGCGUGAGUAAAGUUUGUGGCGCGUGUGCAUGUGUGUGCGUGCGGGUGUGUGCGUGCGUGCGUGUGAUUGUGUUCAGGUGUGUGCGUGUGUGUGUAAUUGAGUAUGUGCGUGUGUGUGGACGGGUGUUUGAGUUCGUAUGCGAGCAAAAUUUUGUGUGUGCGUAUGUGUGUGUUAUGUGUGAAUAUGUGUGCGUGUGUGUUUGUGCGUGUGCGUGUGCGUGUGCGUGUGCUUGUGCGUGUGUGAGUGAGAGAGUGUGUGAAUUGUGUGCAUGUGUGUGCCUGUUUGUGCGUGUGUGUGUGUGUGUGCACAUGCCAGUUUGUGUGUUCGUGUGUAUGCGCGUGUGUUUGUGUUCGUGUGUGUUCAUGUGUGUGUAG